AUGGGAGAUAUAAUAGAGGUGACGAAGAAGGAAGGAGGCUCUUCUUCCAUUCGUUGUCCAAUGCUUACCGCAACGAAUUAUACCGUAUGGGCAAUACGAAUGAAGAUUGUGUUAGGUGUUCAUGAGGUAUGGGAGGUUAUAGAAGAAGAAUCGACUGAUAAAAAGAAAAAUAACAUGGCAACAACACUUAUAUAUCAGUCCAUUCCAGAAGCUAUGAUCCUACAAAUUGGACAUCUAGGAUCAGCAAAGAAAGUCUGGGAAGCAAUACAAACGCGCAACGUAGGGGCAGAGAGAGUGCGAGAAGCACGUCUCCACACGUUGAUGAUGGAAUUUGAUAGGAUGAAGAUGAAAGAAACUGACAAGAUAGACGACUAUGUGGGCAAGAUAACCGAGAUAUCGUCAAAGGCAAUGGCAUUGGGAGAAACUAUUGAGGAAACCAAACUUGUGAAGAAACUACUUGGAAGUCUUCCAAGAAAGAAAUUCAUAUUUAUGGUGGCCUCAUUAGAACAAUCCAUUGACCUUAAAACAGCAAAGUUUGAAGAUGUGAUAGGACGAUUGAAAACUUUUGAGGAGCGCAUAACUGAUGAAGAAGAAGAUCCACAUGAGAACCAGAAUAAACUCAUGUAUACAAACGCGGAGCAACAACAAAAUCGAGACUACUAUGGAGGACGUGGUAGGAGUGGUCGCAAUAGCUACUACGGUAGAGGAAGAGGACGAGGAAGAUCACAAUGGGACAAUCAACGUUCGUACUGGGAAAGUCGUGAUACAUCAAGAGUAACAUGUUUCAGGUGCGACAAGCUUGGUCACUUCGCAGCAACAUGUCCAGACAGAUUGCUCAAAUUACAAGAAGCAACGGAGAGCAAAGAUGGAGACGAAACACAAGAAGCCGAAAAACUUAUGAUGCACGAAAUUGUUUACCUGAAUGAACGAAACGUGACACCAAAAGAGUUUGAGUCCAACUCUGACAACGAUAAGAUAUGGUAUCUAGACAAUGGAGCUAGCAACCAUAUGACUGGUAACCUGAAGUACUUCAAUUCAUUAGAUGACACUAUCACCGGGAAAGUACGUUUCGGAGAUGAUUCAAGAAUUGAUAUUAAAGGUAAAGGGUCAAUUCUAUUCGUAAGUCAAGACGGGAGAAAGAAGAUGCUAGCAAACGUGUACUUUAUUCCGGAGUUAAGGAGCAAUAUUAUAAGCCUCGGGCAGGCUACUGAGUCUGGAUGCGAUGUGAGAAUGCGAGGAGACCAUCUAACGUUGCACGACAAAGAUGGUAAUCUAAUUGUGAAAGCUUCAAGAUCAAGAAAUAGACUGUACAAAGUGGUGAUGGAGAUAGAAGAGACGAAGUGUCUUCAAACGCAAGUUCAGUGUGAGAACUCACGUUGGCACGCACGACUUGGACACCUAGGAGCCGAUGCUUUGAAGACAAUGAUAAAUAAACAGCUUGUUACAGGACUACCUGAGCUAAAAGUCGAGAAAUAA